AUGUCAGCUGCACAGAAUGCUCUCGCUCUUUAUUUCCGCAAUCUGCACAUUCCUGGUCAACCCCUCGUCCUCACCAACGUGUACGAUGCAGCCACGGCGUCCCUGAUCGCGAGUCAUCCCUCGACAAAAGCCAUCGCCACUGCUAGCUACGCUAUCGCCGCUUCUCAAGGCGUAAAUGAUAGCAAUUUAACACGGUCACAGAAUCUGGCUACGGUUCGCUCGAUUGCAGCUGCCUUGAAGCCAUCCGACACACAGGAUUCUCUGCCCAGCUUUCCUUUGACGGUUGAUGUCCAGGAUGGCUACGAUGACAUUGCUGAGACCAUCAAACAAUUGAUACAGCUAGGUGCUGUUGGGUGCAACCUCGAAGAUCUCGACAACAGAACCGGUCAACUCCGUCCUCUCCCGGAUGCCAUUCGACGGAUCAAACAAGCACUCCAAACUGCAACGGAACUCGGUGUGCCUGACUUCGUGAUAAACGCACGAACCGACGUCCUCGAUAUUGGUGUAAAUGGCCAGAGAGGAACAAUCGAAGAUGCGAUCGAGAGAGGAAAAGCAUUUCUGCAUGCCGGCGCGACCACCGUCUUUGUAUGGGGUGGAGCAGGAGGACGAGGGGUGUCGAAGGAAGAAGUAAAGCAGCUGGUCGUAGCACUUGAAGGAAAGCUGAACGUCAAGAUGGUUCUGAAACAUGGAUUCCUGACGGUUCCAGAGUUGAGAGAAAUCGGAGUGGCCAGAAUCAGCGUUGGGCCUGAAUUGUAUCGAGCUGCGAUGCGCUCGUUUAAAGAGACAGCAGAUGCAGUCUUGGAUGGAUGUAUUUAA